UAUAAUCCUCUCACUCCAAUCUCAAACCUUUUCCAUUUUCUCCUCUCUCUCUCUCUCUCCUCACUUUCUCUCUCUCCACUUUCCUAAUUUAUUUUUUAUUUUUAUUAUUAUAUAAUUUUUUCUAUAUGAGAAAACAAUUAAACACUUCUUCUUCUUCUUCUCCAAACCCAAAAACAGAAGAACAAGUAUUUGAAGAAGAAGAUUUGUCCCCCAUCUACAAACUACUACUCAAUCCUUCGAUAUAUCAACCCCAUUCAAUGAACGACACAAACAAUAAUAACCCCACACCCAAAAAACGACGAAGAAAAGACCAAAACGACAAUGAAUUGGCAGAAAAAGAGAAGAAGAAGAAGAAAAGCUUAAACGGUAUUAUUACUUCUCUUCUCUUAAUCGAUGAACAAGAAAAACAAGACCAACAACAACUCCAACGACAAUCAAACGACGAUAAAUCCUUAUUAAACGACAAUCACAAUAAGAAGACCAAAGCCAUGUUCGAUUACUACUCCUCUUCAAAUCUCAACGGUUCAGAUUCACUCAAGAAAUCAUCCACGGCUUCAAUCUCAGCCGCCGCAGCCGUAGCUGUAGCCGCCGUAACAAGCGCCGCCGAUGAAUCGGAGAAGACUUGUUCUAAAUCGGGUCAUCAGAGGCGAUUGUGGGUCAAAGAUCGGUCAAAGGCUUGGUGGGACGAGUGUAACGGAGCCGAUUUUCCAGACGAGGAAUUCAAAAAAGCGUUUCGAAUGAGUAAAAAAACGUUCGAAACGGUUUGUGAAGAGCUAAAUUCGGUAAUAGCUAAAGAAGAUACGACUCUACGAAACGCCAUACCUGUACGGCAACGUGUUGCGGUUUGUUUAUGGAGAUUAGCUACGGGUGACCCGCUUCGACUCGUUUCGAAACGUUUCGGGUUAGGAAUAUCCACCUGUCAUAAGCUGGUGUUGGAAGUUUGUUCAGCAAUUCGAAACGUUCUUAUGCCUAAAUAUCUUCAGUGGCCCGAUUCGAAUUCGGUCGGGUCAAUUAAAGAGGCAUUCGAAUCGGUUUCGGGUAUACCGAAUGUAGUUGGGUCGAUGUAUACCACCCAUAUACCCAUUAUCGCUCCGAAAAUAAGCGUCGCGGCUUAUUUUAAUAAACGACACACCGAACGGAAUCAAAAGACGUCGUAUUCGAUUACCGUUCAAGGUGUCGUUGAUCCGAGAGGCGUUUUUACUGAUGUUUGUAUUGGGUGGCCCGGGUCAAUGCCCGACGAUCAAGUAUUGGAAAAGUCAGCCCUUUAUCAAAGAGCGAAUGGCGGGGCGUUAAAAGGGGUUUGGAUAGUUGGCGGGUCGGGUUACCCGUUGAUGGAUUGGGUUUUGGUACCUUACACACAACAAAACCUAACUUGGACACAACAUGCUUUUAAUGAGAAAAUUGGUGAGGUUCAAAAAGUGGGUAAGGAUGCAUUUGCAAGACUUAAAGGAAGGUGGGCUUGUUUGCAAAAAAGGACUGAAGUGAAAUUACAAGAUUUACCUGUUGUGCUUGGUGCUUGUUGUGUUUUGCAUAAUAUUUGUGAAUUGAGCAAUGAAGAAAUGGAACCCGAACACCGAUUCGAGCUCGUUGAUGAUGAGAUGGUCCCCGAGAAUUCGAUGAGAUCGGAAAGUUCUAGGAAGGCUAGAGAUUCCAUUGCUCAUAAUCUCUUGCAUCAUGGUCUUGCAGGCACUUCUUUUCUUUAAGAACCAAAUUGUGAUUCUUUUUUUUAUUGUCAUUUAUGGCUUUGUUAUUUUAUUAUUUAGAAGUGAAUUUAUUAUAGGCUCAAACCUUAUUUUGAGUAGUUUAUAGUGUUACCAUUAACUUUAGGUUCAUUUUUAGUCUUGUGAUUUAGAAAAAAAGAAAAAGAAAAAUAAGAUAUGAAUGAAAUUUGAAGGUUAUACAUACAA